UGACGUAUUUGACAUAUUUACAAUCAUUAAAAAUUAGUAAAUUACAAUUUACAAAGUAAGCAUUAGUGAAUUUUAAAUCCACAAAACGAUUAUGUGUAGAUGAUUUAUAUUAUUUAUAAAAGAUCUAAAUGUAAUAAUAAUAUUAUUGUACUAAAUUGUUACUUUUAUAUCAUGGUGAAAUCAUAUCUGUAAGAGUACAAUUUCCAAUUAGAACUUAGAAGAAAUAACUGUAAGUAGGUAACUAUGUCGCGCCAAGUCGACUUAAAUAUUACAAAACUUUUGGUUGGAUCAGGACUCGAUGGGGAAGAGAACGACUUCUGUGACUUCACAAUAGCCGACCAAAACUCUGUUACCGAAUCUCAAGGCAUAACUCCUACGACGCCAUCUAAUUUCAAACCGGUACUCGGUGCCAACGUAACUUAUGUUGUUGCAUGUGUAAUUUUAAACGAAAGGAAUGAACUACUAAUGAUGCAAGAAGCAAAAGAAAGUUGUGCUGGUAAGUGGUAUCUUCCAGCUGGGCGAAUGGAAAAAGGUGAAACGAUAGUGGAAGCAGCUACCAGGGAAGUACUCGAAGAAACAGGUCUGCACUGUAAGCCUGACACUUUGUUAGUUGUUGAAACAGCGGGAGGAACUUGGUUCCGAUUUGUAUUAACAGGAGCUGUUACUGGUGGUGAGCUGAAAACUCCUGCUCGAGCUGAUAAAGAAUCUCUACAAGCUAAAUGGAUAAAAAACUUACAAGAAAUAACAUUGAGAUCGAAUGAUAUCUUGCAUCUCAUUGAAAAAGCAAAACAGUACAAGCAAAGCCAGCCAGGAGAAACAUGGCACAGCAACAUUCUACCAGCACCCAUAGCGCAUGUUAAAGAUCUGAUGAGAUUAAUCAUUUUAAUCAAAAAAAGAAGUACAAAUAGGUUGCACGUCCUGCUGAGUGAAAAAACAACAUUACAUUUUCCAACAUGUGAAAUCAAUCCAGCAAAGAGUGUGCAUUCAACAUUGAGGAGAUUUAUGGUGGAAAUGUUUGGAGCUGAUGUCGCCCAACACAGGCCCUUGGGACUGCUCAACGUAGAGGCAGAUCCAUCUGCAGAUGGGUGCUGUUUAACUUUACUUGUUGUGUUUAGACCACCAAUGGAAGAAGUACCUCUGAUAGGUAAAUGUGCAUGGCAUGAAUUGUCACAAGAAGUGGAAAAGAAACUGGUUCCACUUGUUUCAUCAAAAAAUUCAACAGUGGAGUUACAUGUUGUGCGCUAAUGAGUUGCUCUCAAUUAUAUUUUUCUACAAAAUAUUUUUGCUCAUCUGGUACUAACUUAAUUUAACAUUAGAUUUAGCUCUCAUUUGUGAUAAGGCAAUAACCGUCCAUAAUCAUGUAGUCUUUAUAAUAAUGUUGUUACUCUCAUUUUAUAGAAUUAAUAAUUAACAUUCCUGUCAUAAUAAUUGACAUAAACAUAUUAUAAUGUAUAUGUCUGGUGAGGGUGAAUAUUAAUAUCUUAAGAUCUGACUAGGUACCUAUUUAACUGGCUUGCCAAAUGUUAUAUUUUCUGUUAUACUGUGUAAUGCAGUUAAAUAUCUAUUUUUGUCCGUAGAACACAUUAAUGUUAGGGUAUAUUAUUGUCAUUUAAUAUGAUUCAUAUAAAUCAUAUACAAAUGUGAAAGUAUGUCUGCCUAUCUGUUACCUUUGAAUGGCUCAUCCAGUGAAGUGAUUUUGACGAAUUUAAGUACAGAGAUAAUUUUGCAUCCAGAUGGAUACUUUUAUCAUGGAACAACAAGAGCUCCCAUGGGAUUCCUCUAAAAGCUAAAUCCACAUGGACAAAGUCGCAGGCAUCAUCUAGUAGGUACAUAUUAUUGUUGAAAAAUGGUACUACAGUAAUGAAACUAUAUGUAAUGUUUUAAAGUAGGUCACUUAGAAUUUCAAGUUGGUAGCUUUGUAUUUUACUGGAAUAAAAAAUAAUUUUACAUAAUACCUAUUCCAAGAGCACAAUACCAAUACACAGUAUAAACUAUGUAUUUAAAUUUAAUACCAAAUCCAUAGAAAUAUCAUUUACCAAAUCAAUGUCACAAUUUUUUAAACUUUUUUUUAGUUUGGCUAGUUUAGAUAUUAUUUAUUUUUUAUUAGAUUUAUACUUAGUUAUUUUUUAUCUUCGUAAUUAUAACAUUGUGUACCUUGAAGUUGUAUAACAAUUUAAAUUAAUGAUAUUUAUAAUCAUGGGAUAUAUUGUAAUAAAUUAGGUAACAUAUUACCUAAACCGCUAAG